UCGGCGGAAUACAGCGGGCUGGGAGCAGAGCUCCGGCACUGAGCAGGUCGCCGUGUUUGGUGAUGGACCUGCAGUGUGUGCGCCCUCAUCCCCGCCGCUGGAACCACUCGGAGGACAGCAGCAUGUGGGUCGGCGCCAACUCCAGCUCCGAGUUGCCCAGCAACAAGUCUCUCUCUGCUGCCCAAUGUGUGUCGGUAUCUGUGGCUUUCCCGGUCACUAUGAUGAUCGCUGGCAUCGCGGGGAACACGCUCGCCUUGCUGCUGGUGUACAGGUCCUAUCACAAGAAGGAAAACAAGAGGAAGAAAUCCUUCCUGCUGAUUAUCGGAGCCCUGGCUCUGACCGAUCUGGCGGGCAAACUGCUUAUUAGCCCGGUCGUUAUUUCAGUGUAUAUGAGCAACAGGGAAUGGAGCCGAGUGGACCCAUCCGGCAACUUGUGCAGCUUCUUUGGGAUCUGUAUGACCACAUUUGGCCUUUGUCCCUUGUUUUUGGCGAGUGCUAUGGCGAUUGAGCGGACCUUAGCUAUCCACGCUCCCCAGUAUUACUCCCACCACAUGACGACCAGGCUGACCAAGCUGGUAGUGCUUUCUGUCUGGCUGGGUGUAGGAGCUUUCGCCUUGCUGCCCAUUGCUGGCGUUGGGAAGUAUACUUUGCAGUGGCCGGGUACCUGGUGCUUCAUCAACACUGGCAACCAUAUCCUAGGCAACACCAUAUUUGCCUCUACUUUCACGGUGCUGGGUAUCACCUCUCUGUUGGUCACACUGAGCUGCAAUGUCGCCACUAUCCGGGCACUGGUGGUGCGCUGCAAGAAGAAGCUGACCACCUCAAACAAGCAAUGGGAAAGGAUCACGGUGGAAACGCUAAUGCAGUUGAUGGGGAUCAUGUGCGUGCUGUGUGUUUGCUGGUUCCCUCUCCUGGUACUGAUGUCGAAAAUGAUCUACACUGAAAGUUCUUCAGAUCUCUGCUACUCAUCUCCUCCAAACAACAUCUCAGGCCUAAAUAAGGAAAUGCAAACUGAUUGCAAUUUUCUCCUCACUGCCAUUAGAUUGGCAUCUUUAAAUCAGAUCCUAGAUCCAUGGAUUUAUUUAUUGCUGCGAGAAAUCCUAUUAAGGAAAGUGUGUCAAGUAGCCACUGCUUUUACUAAUUGCUCAGUUGAGGGUUUCAAGGAGAUUCCUGUAACAGUGGAACCAAGAGACCAAGUGAAGAAACAAACAACAUAAAUGAGAGAAACCAAAUUUUCAUAUUUGGGUUGAUUAUAUGAUGAGAGAAAAUCUCAUCUUUGGCUCUUUCAGUAUGAAAUAUGCAUGUGGAGCAACUCUUAGAAGUUUUUGAGUUCAUUCACUUGCUUUAUCUGAGCUGCUGACAUAUUAAAUCUAUAAAUUACACGCCAUUCCAUUAGAGAUUAUUUGAUUUACACUAUCUUUGAUUGCUGGCAAGGAACAAGUGUUCUAUUUGCCCCUCAAUGAAAAUGCAUUGUACUUGGCAAGGAGAGACAGCUCAGUUCAACACUGCACAGAGCACUUGAAUGACCUGAGAACAGAUGCCAAAGCAUGUGGUACACCUUAAGACUGCCAAGGUAAAGCUUCCAGCAAUUCCACUUAGCUGAGAGAUUGCUCAAAAAUGCAUGCCACAAUGAGUUGCCUGUUGGUCUGCUUCCCAUUUUCUGCUCCCCCAUGCCAAAGUCUCAUACUUUUCAUUUGUUUUUCUGUCCUUUCACCUGCUUUCAUACAUCGAAGCUAAAACUUAAAACUAAUAUCAACAGAUAGCUCACAUUUGAAAUUGAGGUAUAGACAAUGAUACUUGCAUAAUGACAUGAAGCAACCUACUCUCGAAAGAUGAUCAACUGGAUCAGAACUUCUGGAAUAUUUGAAUUGGCAUUUGACACAUGGGCAGAGAUCACUUAAUUGCAAUAUGUCAUGAUGUGCCCUAUGAUUGUUUACAUGCUUUGUCAAAACUGAUGCCACCCCAAACAAGAAAAUUGCUAAAAGAACCACAGGAAGAUGAGAAAAAUGAUUAUCAUAAUGAGUUGUCAUUAGAAUGCACUGCAUGAAAAGGAAGUGGAAGCAGAUUCAAUAAUAAUUGUGAAAGGAAAUAGAAUGUAUAAUUGUAAUGAGAAAGAAGAGAGGUUUUUUGGAGCAUGAGUAGUUGGAUCAGUUGGAUAUGUUUUCAGAGAGUCAGCAUAGGUACAAUGGACUGAAUGACCAUCUUUUUUGUGGUAAGAUGCUAUUAUUUCGAGAAAAUUUUCAUUUCAAAUUAAACCCAAUAACAAAAAUUUUUAAAUUGUGGGAAAUGAAAGAGAACGAAAAUAGUCUGUACACAUCUAACUUCAUAGAAAUGCCCCAGGAAUGAGCUCCAAUUUUCCUAAUAUACCUUGUUUUACAUGGCUAACAGUGGGAACACUAUCCUGACUUUUGUCCUGCAUAUGGCCAAUUAAUUGGGUUUACUGAUCCUGGUCAUUGUCAGUUAUGAUGGAUCCUCAUUCUCCACCUCUUCUCUAUUAAAUCAUCUUUCAGAAUUUACUCUCAAAGCUAGGAUAUUGUAAUUAGGGAAACAGUAACCGAUGGGAAGCGGAUUUUUGAAAGAUAGAAGAAGAAAGGUAGCAUCAAAAUAACUGAAGGAAACCUUAAAUGUCUUAUAGAACAUUACAGCACAGUACAGGCCCUUCGGCCCUCGAUGUUGUGCCGACCUGUCAUACCGAUCUCAAGCCCAUCUAACCUACACUAUUCCA